CUGGCGGAUCAGUACGGAGAACGGUACAGUAGACACCAGAGAAAUAGUCAAGACUAUCCGUGACAUCAUUGCUUUAAAUCCUCUGUACAGGUAAUUGUGCUUUUAAAUAAAACUGGAAGGUGGUGGCCAGACCUCCAGUCACUUGUGCGAUUCAUAAUUAAUUGCAAUUACAAUUACAAAUGUGGUGCACUGCCAUAUUGAGUAACUGAACUAGGAAUCCCUCCUUUCUGAAUUUCAGUUAUCAUUUCCAAGCCCUGUGCUCUUGAAGUCCUGCACAGUGCUGGCCUGGAGAGAUCUAAAUCUGUGUUUCUGCCCUCAGAGAAUCAGUGCUUCAGAUGAUGCAAGCUGGCCACAGAGUUGUGGACAACCCCAUCUAUCUGAGCGACAUGGGGGCUGCCUUAACGGGGGCAGAGUCGCACGAGUUACAGGAUGUGCUGGAAGAAAUCAAUCGGUACCUGGUCCCUCAGUUGAGGACGCUGUGUGGUCUGGAUAAGGAGAAGACGAGCAUCACCCAGGAGGCGCUCUCUGUCCUGAUCAAGCAGUACUGCCGGGAGAGCGGGGUCAGGAACCUGCAGAAACAAGUGGAGAAGGUGUUCCGGAAGUCUGCCUACCGCAUUGUGAAAGGGGAGGCCUCCUCUGUGCAGGUGACGGCUGACAACCUGGUGGACUUUGUGGGGAAGCCCAUCUUCACUGUGGACAGGAUGUAUGACAUCACUCCCCCGGGGGUGGUCAUGGGCUUAGCCUGGACUGCCAUGGGCGGCUCGACGCUGUUCAUCGAGACCUCUCUGCGCAGGCCAAGGAGCAGGAAGGACCCGGAUGGGGUGAGGGAGGGCUCCCUGGAGCUGACGGGCCAGCUGGGGGACGUGAUGAAAGAAAGCGCCAAGAUCGCCUUCACCUUCGCCAGGGCAUUCCUCAUGCAGGAGCAGCCCGACAACGACGUCCUGGUGUCACCCCACAUACACCUGCACGUGCCAGAGGGCGCUACCCCGAAGGACGGCCCCAGUGCCGGCUGCACCAUCGUCACUGCUCUGCUCUCCCUGGCUAUGAACACGCCAGCCCGGCAAAAUGUGGCCAUGACCGGAGAGGUGUCCUUGACAGGCAAGAUCUUACCGGUCGGGGGCAUCAAGGAGAAAACCAUUGCGGCCAGGCGAGCAGGAGUGACCUGCAUCCUCCUGCCAGCAGAGAACCAGAAAGACUUCUCCGACCUGCCUGCCUUAAUCACCGAGGGCCUGGAGGUGCACUUCGUGGAGCACUACAGUGAGACCUACAACAUCGUCUUCCCCAAACAGGGACCAGCAGCUCGUUUGACAGGUUGAGCGGUUUUGUGUUGGGGGAUCACAGGUGUUCAGUUAGUGAUGGUUUUCCAUUUAGACCAGGAAUCGCAAAUCCAAAUUAGACAAGCAAGUACCAGUGGUCGAGGUGAGCUAGUGUCUUCUGGUUGUUUCAAUUGAGCCAUUACUUCUCUGCACCAGUUAUUGGUUUGAUUAGUCCAGAUCUUUUGCCAUUGAUGAAAUCUAUAAAACCUGCAGGAUUGGGGCUCCCCAGGACCAGGGUUGAAGACCCUUUCAAGAAAAGUGCAGUAAAUGUAAAUUUAUCUUUCAAAAUGAAUGGCUGUUAUUCAGUGUGAUCAUGCACUCCCACCAUUGGUGACCCGUCCCCGCCGCUCCCUUCUUUUAAAAGCUGACUGGAGAUCUGCUUUCCUCCCAGAGAAGAUAACCGAUGUCAGGAUUCUGAGGAAAAGGACAAAUAUCCUGGAGAAUACAAGGGUCGCAGAUUAUUGCUGCUAAGCAGCCCUGACCUGAUGCUUCACGUCUGUGUGAAAGUUAUUCACUUUUGUACAAAACCGUUUUCUCACAUGGUUUCCUUUUAAUAAUGCGUAUCAACCAUCUAUUAAAAUAUGUCUCUAAUUUAACAUAUGCAUGUGUUGGCUUUUCUUUGAAUACUUUAUUGAUCUUCAGACGAGACCCAGCCACACGGCGACUGCGUUUAACACAGAUUACAAAGCAAACAGAUUUGAGUAUUCCAUCCCCAGGAAUAUUUGUAAACACAAUGUAAUCUCACUAGCUUUACUCGUGGUAGAACAGAAGAUACAAAUCCCAAGUAUAAAUAAAUCAGUCAUUUACAUCAAAAUACAGAUCACAGCCUGCAGUCUUCCCCCUGAAUAAUCUUGCACACCAUGCAAGGCUGUAGCUCAAUGUAAACUUGUUCCAAUAUCAAACUGGGGUUGCCACCAGUUCAAUCUGCAACCAGACUUUAAACAAAAAUCAGAUUACAUGAUAAAGAACUUCUAUUUAGCAAACUUGUUCCUUAUUUUAAUUGAAGCUUCAAGAGUAAACAGCAUUGAAUAUACACAGUAACAUACAAGGCUGGUUUCACAGACCCAGAUAAGCACUAAUCUUGGGGCUGCUACCUUACCUGAGGUAACAUUAGCUAGUCCAAAACCAUUACUACUGGUGUCUGCGAAAGCAGACAAUGUAGAUUUACAAAGACAAACCUUUUCCAAAUGCAACU